AUGCGCCCGACACUGCUAGAACAAAACCUUGACCACCACCACAAAGGCAGAGCCGAUGCUCCCUGGCAGAUCAAAAUACGGGUCGUGGAUUUUGUGUUGGAUCUACCUCAGCAGAAAGCAUUUGACCUGAUCAAAAUAAUCUUGGCGGGUAUCAAGCUGGUUGGCGGAGACCCCUACCUUCAACAGCAUUUGGCCACAGAUGCAUGA